CCAAGACACCCCUAAAGUUCGCAGCGCCGUUCCGAGCGCGACGCAGAGUGCGCCCCGACGCCGUGACGUUGACGAAUAUGUUGCGAGUUUAUCUGUUUCCCUGAACUCAUCCGCGCGAUAAGGCUCUAUGUCGGACCGCGUUCAGUUGAUGUUUAUUUCUAUGCGUGAUCAUUGAAACUGUUAUGUUAGUUUAUGGAAGUGAUGUGAUACUGUUACCAUGAUCUGGAUUCGAUGGGCAGCGCGACUCUGUGUCUUUUUCUUCUUUUUGAUGAAAGAUGUGAUGAGUGUUGCAAAUACGAACAGUGUGAAAUUGACAAUAGAACCUGCAAUAGUGAAGCGCUACCAGUCUGCCACCCUAUAUUGUGCGUAUGACAUAGAUGAAUCGUCCCUAUACGCAGCAAAAUGGUAUAGAGGACAGCACGAGUUCUACAGAUUCGUGCCAAAAGAGUCACCGAAAACGAAGGUGUUUCCUUAUCCUGGAAUAGUUGUAGAUGAACACAGAUCUAACAGUACACAAGUAGUCCUGACAGAUAUAGAUUUCAACAUUGCAGGAAGUUUCACAUGUGAAAUAACCAAAGAUUUAACAUUUUCAACGUUAUCUGACACACAAACUAUGUCAGUAGUUAGACUGCCGGAAUUUCCGCCGACUAUAAGUGUCGAGGGCGAGCCGCUGGAUUGCGGACAUACCCUGAGGGCCAAUUGUACUUCACAACCCGCCCGACCUCCUGCCAGACUCACCUUCCUCCUCAACGAUCUAGUGGUGGCGAGGAGUGACCCUUUGACUACACGACAGACCCAAGAAAUGGCGUGGAGUGAUCUGUCCCUCGAGAUCGUUCUAUCGGACAUCCAUUUUUCUAUGGGGAAGUUGAUACUGCAGUGCCAGGCAAAAAUAGAUGAUAUAUAUGAAGAGAAUGCUAGGCUGGAAUUAAACACGGUAAAGAGUCCCGUCCAUGAGAGAGUGAGCGCUUCAGAUUCGUCGCCAGAGUUUGACAAGAGAAUGUUUGUAUUUAGAUUUUUUAUGAUAGUUUUAAGUUUGAAAUAUUUGAGUUAGAUUAGGAGUCAAAAGAAUGCUUGAUGAUGACUGAAAUCAGAAUUCAUUCAAUCUCGAAAAUUGAAAUGAAAAAACUAUUAUUUAAUUUUUGAAUUGUAAUACUGCUUGAAAGUAGCAGAAUGUUAUAUUUUGGAAUCUCGAAGAUGGAUUAUUGACACAAAAACAAAGAUCACGUUGUCAUUCAAAAAACGAUUGGAAAUAUAAUGAAAUUCAUUCAAAACAUUAAACUAUAAGGAUUAUUAUGGAAAUAAGAGCAAGCAGCUCGAAAAACAAUCAAAAUAGCUGAUCAGAAAUAAUAAUCCUUUCGAAAAUUAUCUAUAGUCCUUACAACUGUCACAAUAUCAAUUAGAAUAUCGAUUGUAAAUCACUUUGAAUCUCUCGAAUUCGAGAUGUGAAAGUUCCUUUAGGUCCUCCAACAAAACUUUGUAUUUAUUCUGCUGCAGACAUAGCCUUCAAUAUGAAAAUUGACAGUUAUUUGCCUUAAGAGGGAAUACCACCACGUGGUUGCUCAGUUCGAAACAAAAUCAGAGAUCUUUCUUCUCACGAAUCACCGAUUUUAGGUGCUUUCCAGAUAAUUUUCUUGAACAAUAAUCUAUACGGAAGAAAGUUAAUAUUUUUAAUUUGCAAAUAGAAGAUACGUUGGUUACUUUUCGUUUUUUGCGAAAAAAAUUGAUGAUAUGUACAUUGUACGAAGCACUGAUAUAUAAGUUUGGUGUUUUAUUGAGUUUAAGGUCUGAAGAUGAUAUAUUCGAGGAAAAAACUACCAGAAAUCAUUACAAAAGAGGUAAAAUCAUAAUUUCGUGAAAGUCGUCGUACAGUGCUGCCCUCUGCUCAUUCUCUUAAAAAAAAAAAGAAGAUGAAGUGAAUGUACAACUUCCUACAAGUUGGUCAUCUCAGGAGCAACACAUGAGAAAUGAAUGGAUACGAAAGUUUGAUUGGUAUGCGAAAAACCACGUGGUGGUAAUCUCCCUAAAAAAAGUAUAGCUUUGAAAAGUGUGAUUUCAUUUUGAACGGAAUCAUUUUGCUAUAAUUUAUAUUAUUUAACUUGAAGGGAAGUGUACUCGAUUGAGUGUGCAAAGACCAUUAUUUGGAAAAGAAAUUUCUUUGGAACAAGCAUGAUAACAUAAUUUUGAAAUUUAAACUUGUUCAGAGUUAGGUUAUACAACCAACCGCAAAUGGGAAAAACACCAUUUUGAAGGUCAAUCCUCGAAACGUAGGGUUGAUAUGAAUUCAUAUCUUUCUGUUUUAUCAGAUUGAUUGGGUAUCAGAAUCAAGUGCUCCAGUAUUCAUAAUAUUGUUGGAGUUAUACCUCAACUUAUUAAGGGAUACCACGCAGAGAUAACUCCCUUUUUGAAGUGUAUCAAUUAGUUCAGUUGAACAGAAAAUCAACUUCAAACUUCGGGAUCACUGCAUCCUCAUCGCACAUCAAUAACUUUCGAGUAUUCGAAUCGAUCUCUCUUCCUAAACCAUCAGCAAAAUCUAUAGCACCUUCGGAAACCUGGCUUCCGAUACCUAUAAAAUUUAACGGCUAGCGAAUUUCAAGUUAUAUCAUAUUCUCAAAUGGGCGAAGUCAAUAUCUCAAUCCAAAAUUUAUUACUGGGUCGUUUUUAUAUAU